GUACAGCGUACAUGAAUCUAUUUGUCUGCAUUGCCAUUAAACCAUUGAAGAGUUGAUCAUGUGUUUACACUGGUGAGGUCUUGGAACUCUGCUCUAGGUAGGUGUGGGAAAAAUAGCAAGUAAGAAGAAAUAUCCACCCACUUCCAUCGAACCGACAGUCAGACGUCGAGACGGGCCUAUAAACGUUCUUCGAUUUUCCUAAAUAGUGCCUGCUUCUGCAGCUGUAGCAAGUGUGUUCGCUACUCGCAGCUCGCAUAAAUGACCAAACAGUUGUGAUUCCGCUAUUCUUAUCUCGAAUAAUGCCGCAAUCAUAGCAGUGAAACUAUUAUAAACACCUUCAUCAGUCGCUGCUGCGGGUUGGAAUGGAAUGGUAGCGAAUGGUGUGAUGUGAUAAGCAAGCAAUGUGAAAAAAGAAGAGUACGUACCUAAGCAAAGUGAGUUUGCAUGUGCUGUAUGAAAACUGAAUUGAUUAGUGAGUAAGGUGUUUUGCAACCGCGCAACCACUACGUCGACAACGACGACGAUAGAUGAAACAGGAAAAGUUCGGUUAGUUUGAAAUCGCUCAAAUUGGACAGUCGAAUAAGAGUGGGACAAUUUUCAGUAGGUUAGCAGUCAGCAGUAGUAGGCAGUGUGUAUGAAGAGCAUCAACUCUCUCCAGAUUUAAAUUUAAACUUGGGCGCGUAGAAAAAGUCAAUCAAGAACGACGGCGGCGCACAAAGUCAAAGUGGAUGGGUCGGGGUACUUAAGCCCAGUGUUGUUAGUGUAGUCAACCGGUGUGACAAUGAGACAUCGUCAGAUGUAGUCAGUGAGCAGCAGCGCGACUCAGGAAAAUUCGUGUGAAAGUAGCAGGCAGCGGCGGUGGGUGGCGUCAAAAACAGGGAGUGCGUCGUCCGCGUUCUUUCCAGCUCGGAGCCAGCCAGUAGGUGGGAGAAUCGUCGUGUCAUUAAAUACAUUACCGAAACAAACAAGAGACGUGCAGAGCAGCAUGGCAGUUUCGAAAUUCAGUGACGUGGACGAAUAUGGCUUCAAACGGGAACCGGACUUCGACUAUCAGUCGUACGAGAACAUCAUGUCCAGCUACUACACGGUGCUGACGACCCGGAGCAUAAAAUGGCAAAAGUUCUCCAAAGAUUCGGACAUUCUGUCCAAUCCUCGAAAGCUGAAACGCUUCGUCCGGAAGGGCAUUCCGGGGCCACUGCGGGAGGAAGUGUGGAUGAAAUCGUCCGGAGCCCACCGGAUGCAACAAAAGGAACCGAGCCUGUACCAGACCCUACUGCGGUACGAGUAUGAUCAGGAAAUUUCCGACCAAAUCAAACUCGAUCUACCACGAACCUUUCCGGACAAUAUACAUUUUGAACAGUACAAACUUGGCCUGUACAACGUGCUCAUAACGUAUGCACAUCACAACAAAGCGGUCGGAUACUGCCAGGGACUGAAUUACAUUGCCGGUUUGAUAUUGAUUGUGACAAAGAAUGAGGAGUCAUCGUUCUGGUUGCUCAAAGUGCUGGUCGAAAACAUCGUUCCGCUCUACCACACCAAGAAGAUGGAUAACCUCAUCACGGAUAUCGAUGUGCUUAGCGAAUUAAUUAGAAUACGCGUACCUGAUGUGCAUAAACAUAUCGAAGAUCUUGGACUGCCAUGGCCUGUGAUAGCCACCAAGUGGCUGAUCUGCCUCUACGCAGAGGUGGUACCAACGGAAACCGCGCUCCGGAUAUGGGACUGCGUGUUUCUGGAGGGGAACAAAAUUCUGCUUCGUGUCGGUAUCAGCAUCGUGAUAGGACUGCGACAGGAAAUCCUCGCAACGGACGAUAUUUCCACACUGAUAGGCCUGUUUCGGGCACUGGAUAAAAAUCCCACCCUCAUGGAUUGCCACCGAUUUAUGAACAGUAUCUUCAAAGUGCCCGGAACUUUGAAACGUUCGCAACUCGACCGGAUUCGGAGGGAACUGUACGAACAGAGGAAAGCCAGCAAACGGAAAGGUUCCUAGGGUUUGGAGGACUAUAUCCUUAAGAGAUAUAGGCUGAACUUGGUGUAGGGUGGGUACGCUUCCAUCAAGGACUUACCCACAUUCCAAACGGUGCUUCCGGGAAGCCAUCUUUUCUAGUUUACAUUUCAAAUGCUAAUUGAGUUUGUAGUUACUGGAAUCUGUUUUCGAGAAGCAUCGUUUGAAAUGAUAACAUAUGAGCUUCCGGUAAGCUCGGUGGUGGUUUGCUUCGUAGGAAAUUUCGGAAAACCAGAGAAUAUAAAUAGGACACACUUAGCAGAGACGUAUUAUGUUAAAAUCACGUUGGCAGCUUCACUUCGUUGACUUGCUUACAUAUGUGAGAUCGGAUCCUUUAAUUAGCUGUUAUUUCACCGUCAACUCAGAACCACAAUUCAAAUAUAGACAAACCAAAGUAGGCCCCAUAUAUUCUGCCUACUAAAAAGAUUAGCAUCAGAAAUGAGUUUUCCGUCGUCGUGUUGUGCUUCUUCGUCCUAGCUGUAUUUUCUGGGCUCCGAAUAGAAGCGGAAGGGGACUUUGGAUGCAUAUUGCGUUCCGCGUGGGGAGUUUUCCGAGUGCGUGAUGUUGUGCUAGUGUGUGUCUGUGUGUGUUUGUGUGUUUUCAGAUAGAAAUGCGAAUCUUGUGGAAUCAAGCAGUUUUAAAUUUUCAACGCAAAUAUUACAAUUUUCCUCGAGUGUCUACGUUACAUGGGUGAUGCCUUUGAUAAACAGCGCAUAAAUAGCAGUGAUCUAUUUAUUUAGUAAUCCAUUAAGACUCGUUAUUAUAGAAGCAUUUCUCUGAGGAGUAAUUAGGACAAUAAGGAAGUUCAAUCGGGAUGUAGCGAUGCAAACAGGAAGGGGAUGAACAAAUAUUGAUAAAUGUAGUUUAGAUGGUUGAUCCUUGAUGCCUAAGGCUUAAUCGAAACCAGUGAUGCCAGGGUUGCACAC